CAAGCGCGCGCCUGAAACCGACAAAGCGCCGCCGUCAACCAAUACAACAGCAAAUUCCCGCCAUCGCAGAUCGACAGCAAACACACACACACAACUCCGAGUUCGCAGUCGUCACUGCGAUCAAGACGCCAUCAUGAACGUUGCUAUGAAAGUCUUGACGAAGAAGGCGUUUGAGAACGUCGUCAAUAGUCCCAAUUCAAAGCUCGUCGAUAGUCCCAAUUCAGAGAAACCAGUCGCUGUGCGGGAGAAUGGCAAAACGAAGAUGAAGAAAGGGGGGAGGGACAUGCCCCCCGGGCUGUCGGAAAAUGACAAGAAGAUCCUCAGGCACGUCCGGAGGAAGGCGUAUAAAUGGGAUCAGCAGUUUCGCUUCUGCUGCUGCGGCCCGAGAUUCGGCUGGUCGGCCGUCAUUGGCCUCAUUCCUCUUAUCGGCGAUGGGCUGGAGCUCCUCAUGUCUCUUUCCUUGAUUCGGACAGCCUCGAAGGUGGACGGCGGCCUCCCGGGGGGCAUCUACUCCAUGAUGGUUACACAUAUCAUCCUGGAUUUCGCAAUCGGUUUCAUCCCCGUCCUUGGAGACUUUGUCGACGUCGUGUUCCGCGCCAACACGCGCAAUGCCUGGCUACUCGAGUCCUACCUGACAGAGAAGGGCAAGGUACUCCUGUCAGGUGUGAUCAGAGACGAAGACGAAGACAACGGCACAAAGAUCGCGAUCGCCGUCCCCAAAGAGCUGCGGCCACAAGGACAGGAUGUCGAGCAAGGCGUGGAACCGAUGCGCAUGGUUGAGCAAUCUUCCGUAACCCCCACGGCUGUUCCGCCGGCGUGGACACCGGCUCCGAAAGGGGCCAUGCCGCCUCCGGGCCGGAAUUUAACGGGGCGAAAUGCGCGGGACCCAAGAGACCGCUGAGGCCGGGAGCAAGCGCUAGUUUGGCGUAGGGGCUGUUGCUGAGCAGCAGAGGAAGCUGGCCCAGACUGACAACAAGGAGGAAGGCCCUAUUAUGGAAUUGCAUUAGCAAUAAACGUGGAACCCAAAGCGGUUCACAAAUUAUGCCGAUGCCCGCCCCCAG